AUGGCAUCUUCGAGCUCGCAAAGUACCUCAAACUACGCUGGUAUAACCCCUCAAAAGUCUCAAGUGGUAAAGGAGCAUUCCCAGAAAGCGGCUGCUAUCGCAAAGGAACAGAUCACUUCCGCUGCCGUCAUAGCCAGAGAAGCUGCCUACAGCGGCGCGUAUAUCUGGCCCAUCCAGGGUCAAUAUCACUUUUUGACGCAUCCAACGCUUCUCAAGCCGGUCCUUCCAGCCAUUCUGAGCGCAACAUUAUUCACCAUUUGCGUAACCAUUGCACUUUUCGUCUUUACAUAUCUUCCCACCGUCGCCGUCUUGGCGUUUGUCUCCGGCCCUCUUGCCUUUUUUACGGCCAUACCCGUCAUCUUGGGAGAAGGCGCCGCCAUUGGUAUCUUUGUAGCAAAAGCAUUCUGGCUUGGAUCCGCUCUGGAAAGUCUGUUCGACGAAGUUCUCCUUCGUCAAGGUCUCACCAAACUCGUAUCGCGGGGUCGCGAACUACAAUCUGACGGUCAACACGGCAAACGUCUUGGAAAGGUCUUGACAAAGCCACUCGACCGCUUCUCAAAGGAGAACAUUAUACGCUGGUUGAUCAGUCUCCCACUAAACGCAAUCCCAGUGGUCGGUCCGGCGGCAUUUUUCUUAUACAACGGCGCCAAGUCUGGACCGUCCUACCACGCGCGUUACUUCCAACUCAAGUCGACUGCCUCUAAGCACACUCCUGCUCAUCAAGAUGGCGUCGCGUCGGAGGGUGGCGUGUCUGUUUUCAACAAGGACGCGUUUGUUCAACAACAUCGAGGCUCAUACUCGGCCUUUGGCGCAACUGCCAUGGCUCUCAACGUCCUUAUCCCGGGUGGUGCCAUCUUUUGCAUCUUUGGUAACCAAGUUGGUGCCGCUCUGUGGGCGGCGGAGCUGGAGAAGCGGGGUGGAUCAGAGAAGAAGAGCGAGUAA